UCUUGAUUCAAUUGUUCCUAUCCUCAAAUAUACCUUCUGCAUCCCGAUUGAUGUUGCUGGUAUGAUGCAAUUCUGGGACAUCUCCAUCGACACCGCUGCCAGCGUGUUCCUCAUCCUGUGCGUCGGUCUUGCAGUGGACUACUCCGCUCACGUGGGUCACACAUUCAUGACACACACCGGUUUGAAAAAUGGUAAUUUUACAUGUAUUCAUUUUAUUAUGUUAUUACAUAAUGCGUUUUAUCACCUUUUGUUGUACUGAAACAACAUAUUUUAAGUAGUUACAUGUACGUGUUCAUUGAACCUCGAAAUCGAUAAUUAUUGUUAUGUGUACAUAAGUUUGUAUAAUUGACGUUGUUAAACAUUUAAGACACUUUGGGGUUUGAUAUAAGUUGUGGACCUCUCAGCCUUACAAUGCAUUUAAAUGACACACAUAGAUUUUGUUAUAAAUUUGAUAUGAACACAUUUCUAUAUCUUUGGGUUUAAGAAUUAUUUUUUCAGUCCUAAUGAUGAGUAAGCAUUUGAGCUUAUUAACGGAGAGAGAAAUAUAGCUGUUCGUGCUUUCAUGUUAUAUACUGUGUUACAGAGAGGAAUAUGAAAACUCUAUUUCACAUCGGUCCUGCUGUAUAUUUAGUGGAGGGUUCAGCACAUUCAUGGCUUUCGUGCUGCUAGACGACAGUAUCAGCUUUGGCAUGAUGCUUUUCUUCAAGAUAUUCACAGCCGUAGUUAUAUUUGGGCUGUUCCACGGCCUGGUGUUUCUACCUGUAAUCCUCAGCAUUGUGGGACCGAAGCCCUACGACAGACGCUUCCUGUCGCCCCUGGAUACCGACCCUAGCAACACUAAUGUCGACAUGGACUAUGAACUGCAUGUUGUAAACACAAGUGAGGGUUAUCAAUUAAAUAAUAUCGAAAGAGAACAUUUGAGACAUUACCAUGUGUCAGUGCAGGAUGUGUUCUGUAAGGAGUUUCCACCAAAGGAGAAUGGACAUGUUUUCAAUACUAUAUGGGAUAUACCAGUGGACGUUAAUGCCGCGCAUGCAAACGAACUUAUGCAAAAUCCAAGUAUUUCGGGUUCCUACUACGAGCAGCUCUCUACCGGGUCUCUUGUCGAGAUACCGUAUCUGGGCCCUGACUCUCCAGACAGACUCGCCGCGGACCCUCGGGUAGUCUGACGGAUAGAUAACACACGCGUUGAAAGAUUUCUGCUUGCUCAAUACUUAGGAUAGUCAAACGUUAUCUGUAAACAAAGUACUUAUUUAAACUGAGGGAUAUAUUUCGAUCGGAAAAAUUAGUGUGAGAUAAACGGCUAGUGUAAACGUGUAUUUGUUAAAUGACAGCGUGUGCAAAUGUAUUCGGAGUCAUUGGUUUAUUGGCUAAUUCAUUCCACUUAUUGCGUGAUAUAGUUUAUUAUUGUGUACAUGUACAACUCAUUGUGUUUAUGUCACUCGAUAUCAUUAUUAUUAUUAAUAACAUGCCUAAUCAUUUUGUUGAGUAUGAAGUUGGUCUUCAAACUGUGCUACCCGUUUGAUCUCUACAGUGUCAUUAAAACAAUAGUGUUGUAAAGAAGAUGUUGAAACGUGUAUUAUUAAGAUUGUCCAGGCACUAACAAUGCAAUUUUGCGAUAUUUUAUUAUGUUUAGGGCAUAUAAUUUCAUAUAAACAAUACGUGAAUAAUACAAUUUUGACAAGUUAAGCAUUUAAAUGUCAUAUGUUAAGGUUUGUGCAUUAACACUAGGAAUAAACCAUGUUAAGACAAACAUUUUCAUGAGUCAAUAUUCAUUGAUAACGGUCCCCAAAAUCGAAAAUUGAACAUAUAUCUAGGUAUAGGCAGACAAUAGAUAUUUCGAUAGUUUCAGUUUUAAGCUCAUACACGGUAAGGAACAUGCGUGGUUUACAUAAUGCUGACAGCCGAAAAAUAUGUAAAAUAUUUAGUUGAUUAAUGGUAGCAAGUUGAGUGGACGUAAUCAAAAUAAACAACAAUAAAAAUAGGAAUGUUCGUCGAGCUCUAACAUUUAGUAAUCAGGUUACAGACAAAAGAUGCUUUUG